GCUCUCUGCGGCAACACUGAUUUUUUUUGUGACUUAGAUGAAUGAAGUACUUCAGCUCGCUGACGGCAGUCAGCCUCUUCUUGAGAGACAGAGAUGACAAAGACCAACCUUUUUUUCGUUGGGAGUGGUGAAGAUUGUGAAGAAGAUCGCUCAAUAACUACCAGUCUUCCAGUCGUAAUGACAAAACACUAGGCUGCAGGAUGGUCUAAGAAGGCCUAGCAGGACUGUCAAGCGUUGUGGAAGGACGAGGAGGGGCUCGAUGCGUGCUCGAAGCCCACGACGAGCUUGAGGAAAGCAGAUCACAGAUUGCGAGCUGGAGAGAGAGAGAGAGAGAGAGAGAGAGAGAGAGAGAGAGAGAGAGAGAGGGUUUGCUUGCUUGAAGUUGCAGCAACUACGAACGUUCGCCGAGCGCUGUAGGCUGGCCCAAACUGUAGAGAGAGAGAGAGAGAGAGAGAGAGAGAGAGAGAGAGAGAGAGAGAGAGAGAGAGAGAGAGAGAGAGAGAGAGGAGGGGGGGCCCACGUUUGCCGAGCGCUGUAGGGUGGCCAAAGAACUCGAGCGAGCAAGUAAAAGAAACGGAAAGGAAAGGAAAAACGAAGAAGGAUCGAACAUCUAAGCGGAGGAGACUUGACCGUAAUUACAGUACUAUGCCUAACAAACGACAAAGUAGUCGGCGCGGUGGCGCUACCGCCGCCUCAUCCAGCCGCAGGGGGGCGCCUGUGACAGAGAUCAAUGGCGGGUUGGCUACCAAGCUUCAGCAUAUGGUGGAAGCCUACUUCAGCGACAACAACUUGCAGCAGAACAAGGCGUUGAGGGAGAUGAUAGAGGAGGACGAGGAGGGGUUUAUCCCCCUCUCCCUUGUUUGCACCCUCAACCCUGAGAUCAACCGCCUGCUGUCCAUCAAGUCAAACUCUUCGAGAUCACUUAUCCCUCCGGCGACGAUCUUUGCGGUGGCCAACGCCCUGCUGCAGUCCAGCAGCCUGACUGUCAGUCCGGACAAGACCAAGGUGAAGAGGGCGGAACCAUUCCCAGACUCUGAGACGACAGAUACCGACCGAAGGAGCUUGAUUGCCAGUCCCUUCCCGCGGAACUUGAAGCCCAAUGAGGCGAAGAGGUUCUUCUCUCAGUAUGGAUACGUCCAGAGUGUGAGAUUCCGGCGUCAAAAGCGAUCUCUCCCACGCUCCCUCUUUGUGGAGUUCUCCUCAGAAGAGGAAAUGCAGAGGGUGCUGCAAGUGCAGCUGGAGUUUCGCGGUGCGAGACUGGACGUAGAGAGCAAAACCCAGUUCCUAGAGAGGGAAAAGACGGGAAGCAAAGGAGGGACAGGUCCUGUACUGGACAAGAAGAAGAGGAAGAAGGGUGCUGCAGCAACAGGCGCAGGGAUCGAUUCCCAAAUGAUCGAUUCCCAAAUGAUGAGGAGGGAAGAAAAUGACGAAGGCGCAGAGGAAGACGAUGAAGACGAAGAGGACCGCAGUCGAGGUUACAGGGUCGGGCUCGUGUUAGAGAUUAGAGUGGAGCGAGGGGAAGAUCUCGUCGAUGAGGAGUCGAGGCAGAUGGAUAUCGUUGAACCAGUCCAGGAGGGACUGCAGGUGAAGGAUGAAGAGGAGACGGAGAAAGACGAGGAGGAGGAGGAGGAGGAGGAUGGAAAUCCCGUGAGCAAACGCAGACGUAUUGGGUACAUGGAGACGGGGGUAGGAGGAGGAGGAGAAGGAGGAGGAGGAGGACGAGGAGGAGGAGGAGGAGGAGGAGGAGGAGGAGGAGGAGGUGUGGGGGUUGAAAGUGGUGCAGAGAAGUGUGAAGUUGCGGAGACUAUGGAGGAAGAACAGCAAGAGGGCUACACCGCUAUUGAACACGUGGAGGCAGCAGAGGUGAGCUGCUGCAAGCCUGAGGGGUUGCCCUUGGACCCUGCAGACGCCCAGCAAACUGAGGAGAUAGCAGAAAACAGUGUGCAGGGAGAAGCGAUGGAUUCUGAGAAAGCCGAAGCAGACGAGCACAAGGAAGAGGAGGAGAAGGAGGAGGAGAAGGAGGAGGAGAAGGAGGAGGAGAAGGAGGAGGAGAAGGAGGAGGGGGAGGAGAAGGUGGGCAGCGAUGGGGAUCGUGUGACGCUGAAGGAAGUCAAACCUGAGAGCGAAACUGUGCACGGCCAGGAAGAAGACGACAAGCGGGUCAGUGAACUGGGCAUUUUCCAUGUCAAGCUCGGCGAAGGGGGUCCAGUUGAGGAGAAGGAGGUGGCUAAUACGGACAUGGAAGAGAGAAAAGAAGAAGAGGACUUCGAGGUCAUGGACAUGGAAGAAAGAGAAAAAGAAGCUGGUAAAGACAGUACCUGCCUCGAAAGAAUGGGUCAUGAGGGGCCAGUAGUCGACUCACUGGAGUGUCUUGUGGGGAGUAAUAUGGAGAUGGAGGAAGAAGAGAAGGAGAAUAUGGGUAGACAGGAGAGGGAGGAGAUCCCUGCAGCAGUUCUGAUGCUAGGAGAAGAAGAAGAACUUCAAGCGAAUCGAGCAAAGAACAUCGCUGAGCUCAUGGAAGCCAAGAGCGCAGAGGAAGAAGACAAGGAGAAAGCAAAAGUAGACGGUGAUCUAACGACAGACAGCCAUCGGAUUGAGAUGGGAUUGGGACCGGGACAAGCGACAGCAGAGAUGGGAUUGGGAUCGGGACAAGCGAAAGCAGAGGAACCAAAGCGUCACAGUGUAGAGAUCACAGGUGUCCAGGUGGAAGGGGGAGUAGGUGGUUGCACUCAACAGGAGGGAGGGGAGGAGGAGGAGGAGGAGGAGGAGGUGAAAUGCAGAGCCCCCCAACUUGAAGAGGAGAAAGAGGACAUUCUGAAGAGAGGAGGAGGAGAAAGUACGAAAGAGGUAGUUGAAGAAGAGGAGGCCCAGAAGGAAAAUGUCGAGGCCAUGGACAUGACACAGAGUGUGUCCAUGGACAUGCAGCUGGACGACGAAGAUGACCAGCACUUUGUGCAAGCUAUGGCUAUGGAAGGUCUCGAAGCGCAUGAGGAUAUUAUGGUGAGGGUACCUGCGGACGAAAGCCAGCAGCAGCAGCAGCAAAAGGUAGAGGAGGAGGAGAAGGAGGAGGAGGAGGAAUCUCCUGUCGUACAUAGGCUUACCUCCCAGAGUCAUGAUGCUACGGAAGCAUUGGAAGGCCACAAGACAGAAGAUCAAGAUCUUGAACAACAAGUCCAAGAAGAAGAAGAAGAAGUGGAGGGCAAAGAUGUAAAGGGGGAGGAUUUGAAGGGACUUUUCAAGAAGUAUGGCCCCGUAAAGCAUGUGGAUUUUGAAAUUGGACGUGAGGUUGGCUACAUCCGAUUCCGCAGAAAAACGGCAGCGCAGGCUGCAGUCGAAGCCUCCAAACGGGUGAAUCGGGAUCGGGGUGGGUUUAAAGUUAAAGGUAAGUUCAUCGCCGUCAGAUUGCUCCAAGGAGAGGAGGAGAGGGAGUAUUGGUUGAAAGUGCUUGGAGCCUUGCCAGCUAGAAAAACCGAAAUCGAGGCCCGGAAGAGAGCAGUUAAAAAAGCCCGCAAACCGGCACGGAGAGGAGGAAGGGGUCGACGACGAGGAGGUAGCAGACGCUGAACAGCAGACUGGCAUCAAGGAAUGCCAAGUGCUCGGCAAGCCGCGCCAGUCGUCGACUCAUCGCGCAUGCGAACCUGCGCACGCACGACACCUCAUCAACAGAUCACUCAGAGGGCCACUCGUUCUUCUCGCCUGAUUCUGGCGAAGCGGCCCCGCCCACCCGAUAUUCCUGCGGAUGUGCGGGCCUGCAGCCCACCACCUUCAUGACUCGCUUCUGUGCGAUCUGGCAUCGUCACUGCACUCUCUUUUCCAUGGUUUAUCGCAACCCGAUCUUGUGCAGUCUUCUCUGUAUUGUUCCUAUUUUGCCGGAUGCCCCUGAAGGACAAGGCCACACUCUUCGGAAGUACUGGUGAUUUAAUCUGUGCAAAUGGGGCCUUGCCCCCUCUACAGAACUGGAGCUCUUUUGGAAUGACAAGCCCUGCUGGAUGUCAUUUGGGUUUUAGGCCUCCUUUUUAAUUGGGGGUUCAGGUGGGACAGCCCCUGCUGGCUGUGUUAAUCACAGCAAGUUCCUGCUUUCCCAGUGUGAACGUAGCACCACUGGGCUGGUACUGGGGAUAACAAAUAGGAUAAGACUAG